CGCCACCUGCCGUCAUCUAAUUGGGUGUAUUCACCCUCUCUCUGGUCUCAAAAGGUGGCCGCGUAUAUAAACCCUAAAAUCUUUUCCCCAUCACUAUCGGCACAGAAACCACACUCACAAGUCACAAACCCUUGGAUACGCACUCGCAGCUCUCGCCCCUAUCGAUCCAGAUUGAUUUUGUAUAGCGAGUAAUCAACCAAAAAAAUGGUGCAAACCGAAGCGUCUCGUGAAGAAAACGUGUACAUGGCUAAACUAGCAGAGCAAGCCGAAAGGUACGAAGAAAUGGUGGAGUUCAUGGAGAAGGUAGUGAAGAUCGUGGAUUCCGAAGAGUUGACAGUGGAGGAAAGAAAUCUUCUUUCCGUAGCUUACAAGAACGUAAUCGGUGCUAGGAGAGCUUCAUGGAGGAUCAUUUCCUCCAUCGAACAGAAAGAAGAAAGCCGUGGGAACGAAGAUCACGUUACCACAAUCAAGAGCUACAGGGGUAAGAUCGAGACCGAAUUGAGCAAGAUCUGUGACGGCAUCUUGGCUCUUCUCGAGUCUCAUCUUAUUCCGUCAGCGUCGUCUGCUGAGUCUAAGGUGUUUUACUUGAAGAUGAAAGGUGAUUAUUACAGAUACUUAGCUGAGUUUAAGACGGGAGCCGAAAGGAAAGAGGCUGCUGAGAAUACUUUAUUAGGAUACAAAUCUGCUCAGGAUAUUGCUUUAGCUGAUUUGGCUCCCACCCAUCCGAUACGGUUGGGUCUUGCACUCAACUUCUCGGUGUUCUAUUAUGAAAUUCUCAACUCACCUGACCGUGCUUGCAGUCUUGCUAAGCAGGCAUUUGAUGAAGCCAUCUCUGAGUUAGACACACUUGGUGAGGAUUCAUACAAAGAUAGCACGUUGAUCAUGCAACUUCUGCGGGAUAACCUCACUUUGUGGACGUCUGAUGUUGCGGACGAGACAGGGGACGAGAUCAAGGAAACUUCAAAUCCCGAGGAAAAACAGUGAUAUUUAUAAGUGAAAUGACAAUAGUUGUUGGUUUUUAGAUUUUCAUUUAGGGUUGCUGCUUGCUGGUUUCUCAUAGAUUGUAAGCUUGUUGGAGUUUUGGCAUUUGGUUGUGUCAUGUUUUUGUUAAUUGCAACUUUAGAUGUUUCAAGUUGAAAGCUCUAAAACUCUAUUAUCUAUCUAGCUCAUAUCAAUAUUAUUCUAUUAAUUUCAUUA